AAUUUAGCUUUCAAAAUGACUUUUGUUUUGUUUUACAACAGACAAAUAAUGAUUUCCAUCUACAUGAUCAUCACCUCUCUGGCAGCAGCAGCUCUGGGAAAAGGGUCGUUUGAAUGUAAUUUCUCUGAACCUAAUGCAAGUCCGCAGUGUUUUGGAGCAGUGGGACAGCCAUUGAUUUUUCAUCUGCCAAAUACAAUAGAUAAAGAUAUUAAGUUGACAAAGGACAACAAAAGUCGGAUUUUAAAAGCUGCCAAAAAUCAGAUACAGUCUCUGGAUGAGGAAUAUGUGUAUAAGGAUUAUAACUUCACCAGUGGAACACUCAACCUCACUAAUACAAUGAAGAGACACUCAGGAAAUUAUGUGUUGGAACAACAUGCACCUGAUGGUGCUUUGCUGAAAAAAGUUCAUGUUCAUCUCAAAAUACAAGCUCCAGUGUCAAAGCCAGCUGUGUCUCAGAUGUGUUUGUCACCAGAAGAGAUGAAGGUCAGCUGCUCCUCUGAGGGAGAUGGAGUAGAAUUUAUUUGGACUUUGGACAGUAACUUACUGAUACAGACCAAAGACCACAGUCCAUCUCCAACUAACUGGACACCAAACAUGGAGUCACUGGCUGGGAGAACAGCUAAACAAGACAAACCCAGUGUUUCAAACGUUACCAUCAGCUUAGAUGGUCAGCUGACAGGAAACCUGGCGUGCAAUGUUCGAAACACUGUCAGCAGAGAUGAAACAGUUAUUAACCUGAAAAGCUGCAAAGCUACAGUGUUACCAGUGGCUGUGAUAGUUGGUGCCUUCACUCUCCCUCUCCUUGUGGCUUUGUGUAUCGGAGUAAUAAAUCUUCGUAACAAAUCAAGAACCACAACUGUUAAUGAGGGUAACUCUGAAGAUGAAGUCGUCUACACAGAUGUUAUAGUGACAAGUAAUCAGAAGAAAACCUGACCUAACUCACGUCACAAAGUACUGUAAUUUUGUCCAAAGUUAUUAAGUUUCAGCCAGUAAAAAAGGGACACAAUUCUAUCUGUAAGGGUUUUUUAA